AUGAAGGGACUCAGAAGCCUGGUGGCAACAACCUUGGCUCUUUUUCUAGUGUUUUCUUUCUUAGGAAGUUCCAGCAGUGCGCCACAGGGACUCUUUGAGAGAAGGAACUGGACUCCUCAAUCUAUGCUCUAUCUGAAGGGCGCACAGGGGCGCCGCUUCAUCUCGGACCAGAGCCGGAAGAAGGACCCCUCGGACCGGCCGCCGCCGGAAAGGCGAAGCCCAAAUCCCCAACUACUAACUCUUCCAGAGGCAGCAGCUCUGCUCUUAACUUCCUUGCAGAAACCACAAGAAGCUAGAGAAGAAAACUUUGAUCAAACCAGUGUCCUAGAAGACAGUCUACUAAACUGGUGAAAAUAAACCAGAUUAUAGUCCAAUACAGUUCCAUUCUCGUUGAAAACAUGAACCAUGUAAAUAAAGCCCUUGCACCCUUUUACUCCAGUUGUAAUGAUGGGAACAUGCAUAACCAGUUUUAUUCUUCCCAGAAGCAAAGGUAAUGUAGGGUUCUUAGCUGAGAACAUCAUUGCUUCUGGUCCUGUUUAGGUCACCUUGUGUCUUACUCCCAUUCAUAAUUAUAAAGCUGGAGACUCUUUAGAGCAUGCUUUCUAUUUAUUACAACAAAUAUCCAUCUUGAUCUAGUGGGUCUUAGUCAUUGAUUUUUUCAUUCCCUUAUCCUUUGCAUUGUCUUGUACUCAGCUGCAAACCUCCCUCUCCUUUUCUGCCUUUUGUCCAUCUCCGUGGUGGGUGAGGUGGGGAGCAUGGCAGGAUGGGAAAGAGUAGAGCGUGUUCUCUUAGUGGUUCAUCUUGGAGACUAAGUUGUUAGGAAGAGAAGAGGGAUGGAGGUGACUAGGAAGAAGCCCUGAAUAAGAACCCUUCAGUGUAGCUGCUGAAGGGGAGAAAAGGGAAUCUGUGAGGCUGGUAGAGGGUCCCACUGUGGGGAACUCCCAUUUGCGCUCUUUGGGGAUCACCCUGAAUUCAGGAAGUUACUGGGAAAUAAGCCGGAGACACACUCCACUCCUGUGUAUAUUGUACAAAAGGAACAAACCGGUUUUUCAGAGAUGACUCAUGUUCCUCAGCUAAAUAGACUCUGCUUACUCUAAUUAACUAAAGCUCUAGGCUGUAUUUUACAUUAAAAUGUUAUAUAAAGGCACCCCGAUAACAUCAGUAUACAGUGAUAUGCCUAAUCUGCUUCUCCUCAAAACUAUGAAAACUGUCUGAAGAAAUACAUAUGCACAAACACACAGACACAUCCACAGCGAGCAUAAUAACCUAUUUAUUUGGAAUUACAAUAUGAUCAACAUGUUAAUUUUUUUUCACCUAAUUAGUUGAGAGUUGUUAUUGAUAAAUGUCAUAGUGGAAAGUAUUGUUAAUUCUUACUGUCAUCAGUAUAUAGUCAUUAUUCAGUAGCUAAAGGAUUUCUUUAUGUGAAUGUACCUGUACCUUGGAAUUACAAUUUCACUGUGUUAUGAAAUUAAAACCCUGCUUAUAAGAUUUGUCUGUAUCUUGUAUCAUAACUGAACAAUGAAACUAUAUUCAAGUAAUUGUUACAUUUAUCUCUUCCAAAAAAUAUGUUAACAUUAAAAAAUU